AUGUAACAAAAACUCUUUAAGAAACAGUCAUUUUUCUAUUCUAUUAAAAGGAGUAAAAAAACAAAUUGCGAGGAAGAAUUAAAAGAAUAUUUAACAAAAAACUUAAUUUAUGGAAAAAAUAUAAAUAUAAUUAAUAUAAACAGAGUCUUUAAAAUAAGAGAAUAUAUAGAAUUAUAAUCUUAAAAAAUAAAAAUUUUAAAUGAAAAGAAAACAGAUGAAUAAAAAAGAAUAUUUAAGUUGCAAAAAAUAAACCAAAAAAUAAAAGAUUAUGAAUAGAAAUAUUAAAAUAUAAAUUCAGAAAACAUCAGAACUUCCUUUGUUUUUGUUACUUUCGAAAAACAAGAUGAAUGUUAAGAAAUAAUCCAAAAAUAUAUAAAAUAUUGGUAUUCUAUUUAAAACUUUAACUUUUAAAAUUAAAAAAUUAAGCUUUUAAGAGCUCCUGAGCCUUUAGACAUCAUAUGGGAAAACUUAGAAAUCGGAAUAAAAGAAAAAAUUAAAAGAAGGAUAAUUACUACUUUAUUUUUAUUAUCAAUUAUAAGUAAAUAUUAAAAAAUACUCUUAGAAGAUAUAACUGAUGAAGAAACAAAUAUCACAUAUAUAGUUAAUAAUUUGAAUUUAUAUUUAUUAUCAGUAACAUUUUCUUGUAUAGUUUUAGUAAUAAAUGUUAUUAUGUUAAUAAUUGUAAAAAAAUUCGCUGCUUUUGAAAAAUACUCAACUUUUACAUUAUAAAAUAUUUCCGUAGCAACCCGUUUGACAUGGUAUUAAUUCAUAAACACAUCUAUAGUACCUAUAGUAACUUUCAUGCUUUUUUUGAAAGGGAAAAGUAAUUAAACAUAUGUAAAAUACUUAGCUUAAAACUAAUUUUUUAUAUAUAUUGGUAAUUUUAUUUUCUCGCCUUUUUUUACUGUUUGGGAAAUCGAAUACAUAUACAAACGUAUCAAAAGAUAUUUAUAUAUAAAAAAAGGAGAAUAAAAAUGCCAAAAAACAUAACAAGAAAUGAACUAAAUAUUCGAAAAACCAGAAUUUUUAAUAUAAGAGUAUUACGCAAUCGUAAAUAAUAUAAUUUUAGGAGGAAUUUUUUACAGUUCUUUGUUCAGUAUAGGUCUUAUUAUUAAAGUUUUAACUCUUUUUGUUCUUUAUUGGGCUUUUAAAUUUUGCUUUUUAAGACAUUCUGGGUUUCCAAAAUGUAUAGGAAAUGGACUUAAUUAUGCAAUGUAGGAAGUAAUGUUUACAUUCCCAGGAAUUUUUUUUGCAGGGAAUUUUGUUUUCCAAAGCCUUUUUUUAGAUACUGAUGAGAAAGUAACCAUUAGUUCGCCUUUAAAUUUAGUUUAGCUGGUUUUUUCAGUACUUUUGGUUAUUUUUUCUCAGAUUUUCAUUAAAUUAUUUAAGUCUUUAGUAUCCAAAAAAAAAUAUUCUAAUAAAAAUAAUAAUUAUUUGGAUGAAAAAGAUAUUUUAGGCAUACAUUAUUAAUAAAUUAAUCCAGUCACAAAAAAAUUUAAAGAAAAUUUAUUAACGCCUUUAAAAACUGAUUAAAUAAUUACUAAUGAAAAUUAAUAGUAAGUUUCUUUAAGAAUUAUUGGAUUAGAAAAUUAUGCAAUUGAAUAAAUAUUUUUUUAAUAAAUGAGAUCUUAAUAAUAAAUUUUAGAAGCAAUUAUAGAAAAAGAGGAAAAUAUAAUAAAUAAGAAUAAAAAAAAGAUUAUAUAUGAGUAGAAAAUUAAAAAUAAUUAAAUAAUUUAUAAAUAAAUAAUAUGA